CUGCUCGCGCUUUUCUCUCCUUGUCCAAGAUGGCGGUGGUCGGCGGCGCUGAGGCGGGAUCCGAGCGAGCCCAGUGAAGAGCUUUGUUGAACUAGCUGUCGCUGCAAAACCUGCCGGGAGAGUCCCGUUGGUUUGCCGUGGGGCCCGCAAAAAAAAAAAAAAAAAAAAAAACCACGGUGGUCCCGGGGGCUGUUGGUCUUAUCACCCGGUGUUGCGUGUGUCCCGUGCGUGCGGCCGCUACGAUCGCGCCUCCGUAGGGGCAGUCUCCUCCACACAGGCCCAUUUUCCCUCCACAACUACUUGUAGAUUCACUGCAAUUUUUUUUUUUUUUUACUAUUAUGCAAAAGAAAAAGAUCUGCCUCCCUCCCCUUUCUGUUGGCUGAGUUGGUGGCUCCUAGCAGAAUAAGUAAAAAAAAUAAAUAAAAAUAAAAGCUGACUCGAGAUCGGACAUAGAGCCUGUUGAUCGGAGGAGGCUUGUGAGUAAUCGGCACUGCUGGUGUGUGGUCAGCGUGCGGUGACCGCCAUGGGAGGAUUCAGUGCCCAUCCCAGGCUGCCGGCAUCCCUGCUGCUUCCAGAGCUGGCAGGGGCUGUGAGUGCUGCAUAGGUAGGUCCUUGGACAAGGUGGGGGGGGCCCAGAAUUCGGAGUCGAUGUGUUGGGACCUUGGAGGGAACAUGAAAAGCAGAAGACAUCAGCUGCUCGGAUCCUAGGAGUGACAGCAGCAGAACUUCAGAAACUGGCCAGCGCUGGAAGCGCGUCUGCCUUUGCCUGCCUCGUCUGAGUCCUUCAAGGCACGUGGGGAGGAGAGAGCCUGGGAGCUGGGGCGAGGCGCCCUCACCCUGGACCGCACUGCUUCUGGGGGUUUCACUGGCUGCGGCUGUACAUGGCUUCCCCUGAAUCGUCUUUGUCAGUGCUCAUUUAUAUUCUGGGAUGAAGAUGGUUAGAGAUGCCUGGGGCUCAUCGCACCUCAAAACUCACCUCCAAAGCUUCUCCAGUAUUUGUGGCUUGAGUUUCCGGGAUAACAGGACACCACAUCUGAUGAUUUGACCUUUUUCCCUCGUUCCAUUGGCCAUGCUGAAAGCCCGUGCUGGAUGUAGCCUGUAUCAUCUACAAGUGGAAGAGCGCCUUGGCUGCCCUUGUUCACAUCCUAAAGAAAAUCCCAGGAGAGCGGUUUAGUCGUGAGCAGAUUUCACCAGUACCUGGUCCUGUAGACGGGAAGGCGCCUGGACACAGUGACACAUUCUCAAAGGCCCUGCAGGACCGCCAUGGCUUAUGAUGACUCCGUGAAGAAAGAAGAUUGCUUCGAUGGUGACCACAGCUUUGAGGACAUAGGACUCGCAGCCGGCCGAAGCCAACGAGAAAAGAAACGUUCUUACAAAGACUUCUUAAGGGAAGAGGAAGAAAUUGCUGCUCAGGUCAGGAAUUCUUCCAAGAAGAAGUUAAAGGACAGCGAACUCUACUUCUUGGGGACGGACACGCACAAGAAGAAGAGGAAGCACUCUGAUGACUACUACUAUGGAGACAUUCCGUCUUUGGAAUCGUCACAGAAGAAAAAGAAAAAGUCCAGCCCGCAGUCUGCCGAUAGCGCCAUGGACCUGCUGAAAGCUAUAACUUCCCCAUUGGCGGCAGGCUCCAAGCCCUCCAAAAAGUCAGGGGAGAAAUCUUCCAGCUCUUCCAGUCACUCGGAGAGCAAAAAGGAACACCAUAGGAAGAAAUUCAGUGGGAGCAGUGGGGAGCUGUCCCUGGAAGAUGGGGGCUCCCACAAACCCAAAAAGAUGAAGCCUCUCUAUGUGAACACAGAGACACUCACCCUUCGCGAGCCUGAUGGUUUAAAGAUGAAACUUAUUCUCUCACCAAAGGAGAAAGGAAGCAGCUCAGUUGAUGAGGAGUCUUUCCAGUACCCCUCUCAACAAGCAACUGUGAAAAAACCCUCAAAGAAGUCAGCUCGGGACGAGCAAGGUGCUUUACUCCUGGGACACGAGUUACAGAGUUUUCUGAAAACAGCCCGGAAGAAGCACAAGUCCUCCUCGGACCCGCAUUCAUCUCCCGGCCCAGAAGGCUGUGGCUCGGACGCCUCCCAGUUCCCAGAAUCCCACAGUGCUAAUCUGGAUCUUUCGGGGCUUGAACCUAUUCUAGUAGAAUCAGACUCCUCCUCCGGUGGGGAGCUAGAGGCCGGGGAGUUGGUGAUAGAUGAUUCUUACCGGGAAGUCAAGAAGAAAAAGAAGUCCAAGAAGAGCAAAAAGAAGAAGGACAAGGAGAAGCACAGGGAGAAGCGUCACUCCAAGUCCAGGAGGAGCUCGGGACUUCCGGCUGCCGUGGUGGGCGAGGUCCCUGUGGCGCCUGGCCCUCCUCCCAGCACCCCGUACCCUGCAGCUGCUGCCACACCCCCACCACUUCCUGGCCUCCACACAGACGGGCAUAGUGAGAAAAAAAAGAAAAGAGAAGAGAAGGAGAGAGAAAGGGAGAGAGGAGAAAAGCCAAAAAAGAAGAACAUGUCGGCCUACCAGGUGUUCUGUAAAGAGUAUCGUGUAACCAUUGUGGCUGACCACCCAGGUAUAGAUUUUGGGGAACUUAGUAAAAAACUGGCUGAGGUGUGGAAGCAACUGCCAGAAAAGGACAAACUGAUUUGGAAGCAGAAAGCUCAGUAUCUACAACACAAGCAGAACAAAGCGGAAGCUACAACUGUGAAGAGAAAAGCGUCCGGCUCCGAAGGGUCCGUGAAAGUGAAAGCUGCUUCUUCAGGAGUACUGUCACCCCAGAAGAAGUCCCCGCCCACCACCAUGCUGCUACCAGCCUCGCCAGCCAAAGCCCCUGAGACCGAGCCCAUUGAUGUUGCUGCUCACCUGCAGCUCCUGGGCGAGUCCCUCAGCCUCAUUGGCCACCGCCUGCAGGAGACAGAGGGCAUGGUGGCUGUGUCUGGCAGCUUGUCAGUGCUUCUGGAUUCCAUCAUCUGCGCACUGGGCCCCUUGGCAUGUCUGACCACACAACUGCCUGAAUUGAAUGGCUGUCCCAAACAGGUCUUGUCAAACACACUAGACAACAUUGCUUACAUCAUGCCUGGACUGUGACAGCAAAGCAUCCUGGGACAGAAACCUUGUCCUAUCCCCUUGCUGGUUUGUGUAUAUAUAACUGUUCCAGACCCCUCCGCUGGCCUCUGGGUGUAGGUUUUAAAUUUUUAUAUAUCUAUACACACAUAUAUAUAUAAUGUACAAUAUAUACAUAAGACUGUAACUAUGUUGCUUUUAAUAAUUUGAUGAAAUGACAAAGGUUUAGCCAAGAGGAAACUUUGGCUUGAAUGUGGGCUUGGGAUUCUUUUUUUCUCCUAUGGUGGACAAAUCUGCCUUAAAAAUCAGUGUAACCUGGGGGCUGGGGGCUUGUCUGGGUGCCAAGUGCAUCUCUAUACGGACAGCUAAAAUUUUCUUUCCAAGCUCAGCUACACCUCCAGACUCAUCACUGACCAUUUGCCUUACCUGUCUUACAGUUAGAAACGUGAUAGAAAAGAUUAUGGGAGGAGGCCAAUUGACUAAAGUACAAAACCUUUCAACCUGAGGUGACCUAGGUGGAAGGUGACAAAACCAUUCCCAUUGUAGUUAUUAAGAUGGCUUGGGUGAACUGAGUAGGGGUUCAUUCCAGUUCCUACAAUACAGGCGUCCAUGUCUCCAAUCUUAUUGUAAUCUUAUUGUAAUCAUUGGUACCAUUGGUGGCCUCAGUAGAGGCCGCAGAGUGAAUUUGAGCCCUGGCAGCAAAAACUACCUUAGAAAGGACAAAGCUGCUGGUGCCACCAGUUGAGCCUGCACGUGCUCUGAGCUGACCCAGAGUGUCUGGUGUGCACAGCUAAGAGCUGGUGUCUCAUUGGCAGCAGUAGGUUGGCCACAAAGUCCUUGCAAGGUCUGCUCUGCCCAGCAGUUGUGGAAGGUAAACCUGCCCGGCGUGAUUCCUGGGCCCCUCUUACUCGUCCCGCUCGUGGGCAGGUGCAGUCUGUUCUGCAUUCCACAUGGAAGUGAACUGCAAAAAAGUGUGCUCACGUGGGUUUAUUUAUAUGUGUGUGUGAAUGUGUAUUUUAAUUAUGUGUAUUUAACUCUUUAAAAUCUCUCAGACCUUAAUUUAUCCUGUAAAUUUCUGUGUUGUAUAUAUAAUUUAAUAACAAAGCCUCCACCAGCAACAGCAUGUGGAAGACACAAAUUUAUCUUUUCUCCCUUUCUUCCUCCCCCGAUCUGUUCCAAAACUCCCAAGUCGUCUGUAUUUUAAGGUAUUGUACCUCAAAAAGGAGUCAUUAUGUUGGGAUUCUGAUUCUUUAUGAAGAACUUCAUGGCCUCCAAUUAUGUCAGGAAAGUGGAAGAAAAAGGCCUGUGACCGUUCCCAGCUGCCCUGCCCUCCCGAGACCAGGCUGGGCUUCCUAGUGGCUGAGAGAGAGCUGACCACUGCAGGGUUGACGCUGCCUCUGAGACCGAGUGGGGAGGUCACCGUGCUUCCCUCCGGCCCGGGUGGAGUUCCACAGCAUCCAGGUGAAUCCGGGGUGCGGUGCAGCCGGCCUGCCUCCUCCUCCCCAGGCGAAUCCGGGGUGCGGUGCAGCCGGCCUGCCUCCUCCUCCCCACAGUGGUAUCACCGGGCUGUGCUUCUUGAAAGAAUUGUGGCUGCUGAAUUGCUCUCUCGCCCAUAGCGCAUUGGGGUUUAGUGAGGGGAGCAGGAAGAGAGGGAUGUUCAAGAACCAAAAUCAGGGACAGAAGUCAGCUGGAUCGCAUCUGUCAGGGCCGUAAUACUCGGGUCAGGUUCCUGUUUGACACAAGGUGAUGGGGCAGGGAGUGGGGGCUGGAACAAACCGGUCCUGCCGCUGUCAUAUGUGUGCGUUGAUGAAAUCCUGGGGAGGACCUGCUUUUUGUUGUUUGUUUUCCUUUGAAACCCAGCCCUAUUGUAUUUGUAUUUAAAAUUUGUACACAUUUGUAUAAUAAUCUGUACCUUGUGGUAUUUGGUACUAUUAGAGGAAAAUCUUUGGAUUCAGACCUUCUUGCAGUUUUUAUAUCAUUGUUUUAUUUUGUUUUUUAAAUAAAUUCUAGUGGUUUGAUCCAAAUCCCAUUAUGGUUGUAUAAAGAAAUAAG